AUGGCCGGAGAUUGGUUUACGAUUUCGGGGAGAUCAGGAGUGUUGGUUGAGAGAUUGGUUUACGAUUUUGGGAAACAGAUGGCCAGGAGAUGGAAGGGUUCCACCAUAAGAGUGAUAAUGAAGAGUUGCCGCAGAAGGUUUAGCAGUGUGGAAGCUGUGUCACACAGCGAUGAACUUGUAAAUGAGAUUUUGCUUCGAUUGCCUCUAGAUGCCGUCUGCAAGUUUAAGUGUGUAUCGAAGACAUGGAACAGUUUGAUCUCUCAUCCUCUUUUCUGCAGCAAUUACCUUUCUCAAAGAAAGAAUUCUCUUCUCCCAUUGUUGGGAUUCUUUCGGGUUUCUUGUUCUGCAGAAAUUACAUUUAAAUUUUCAUUCCUACAAAAUUAUAAGGAAAAGAAAUUUACAAGUUUGGAUUUGUGUGAAGACUAUUUAUUAGAAAGUGUUUCUCCCGAAGGCUUAAUACUAUGGCGUUCAAAAGGCAACAUGGUUUUGAAAUUCUACGUCUGUAAUCCGGUUACAGACCAAUGGUUAACUCUUCCUGAACCAAGACAUGCUCCAUCCUCAGAGGUUUUCUCUUGUGGGGAAUGUAGCAGCAAAGAUGGUGAUGGUGUAGUGCAUUUCAAACUAACUCUAGCUAUUAUAGAAAAGAGGGUGGGAGCCACAUAUGACGGAUUACAUUUAGAAACUCUCUCUUCUCGGACAGGCGAAUGGAGCGAAUCAUUUAUCACUUUUCCAUCUGAAUUUUCAGAUGAUCUUGACGAGUCCUGCGUAUGUCGUUCAGUAGGUGGGAUCUUGUACUGGAAAGUUAGUAGUGGUCAUUUGGCUGCUUAUGAUCCCAACAUGGGGGAAAAUCGUCUCUGGCUGAUAGAGUUCCCUCCUCCUUGUCUCAAAAAGGGAAGGGGAUUCUCUGUGGAAUAUGUCUUGGGACAGUCGUCGUCACGGGAUGGUUGUCUUCUUCGGUUUGCCGUAAACGUAAAAGAAAAAUCGAUGAUCAAAGUGUUGGAGCUCAAGAAGAAGCUUUCUAGUUAUAGCUUAUCUCACAUCAUACCAAGUAGUGAAUGGGUGUUGAAGGAAGAAGUGAGUCUGAAGAAGUUGGGCAUCGGUAAUUGUUGUCGUUUGAUGGUUUUUCAUCCUCGCGAUGCAAAACUUGUGUAUCUUAAGCAGGGAUGCAGGGUGUUGAUACCUGGUUCUCGUCGGUUGAAUAGUCAAAGAAAAGAGGUCUGGGAAUAUAUCACAAAGCAAUAUGAGGAAUGCAGAAAGAUGGAAGAAGGGAGAGAAAACCAGUCCAGUCAGAGAAUUGGAGCAAUGACUGGGUCUUGCCUUAGUGGACAAGACAUUACUAAUUUUCCAUCAUCCAUUCCAAAAUCCCUUCUGCGUCCUAAUUUCGCUUGA